UGUGCCUCCAGGUAGGUGUGUGGGUGGAGUGUGACCCUUCAAUUUCGCCUACAAACGUGGGCAGGGCACACACACUCAGUCGGAAAAGACGGUGAUGGCAACAACAACUAAGUCCAGAGGUUUCGAGACGGCUAAAGGCGCUGAUGACCUUGCAGAAGACAACAAACGUCUCCAGGAAAUGUUGCACGCAGCCUUGCGCCGAGAGGCGGAAGCUCUGCGGAGAGUGAAGCACUUGUCGGAGCUGCUGGCCGAGUACCGAGGGGUCGGCAGCGGCAGUCGAACUCCCAGCUCCGGACCUGACCCGUCUGACGGUUUAGUGCCGGAGACGCGGUGGAGAAAAGAGGAGUGGGAGAGCAGCAGGGCAGGCUGGGAGGUUGCCAGUGACUGCUCUGCACCUCACAGUCAGAGCUCUGACCCAAUGAGCGUCAGCCCCAGUCUUGUAGUCAGCCCUCCACUUGCUAGAAAUGAACCUGAUAUUUUUGUGUUCCCUGGAGCGAUGUCGGCUCCUGCUCCUCUCACUUGCCUCAGUGAGAGGCCGGAGACUCUGUCCACUCCAGAGCCUGACACCACCUCCAGUGCAUCAGCUGAAGAGCGCAGCCACUGUCAUCCAGAAGCUAGUCUGCCACCAACUCUGCUAGCUCCAGCUCUGCAUACCAUUGGAAACAUUCGCCAGGAAAGAGAGAGGCCACCUCCUCCUCGUCCGCAGAAUCGACAGUCUCCUUCUCCCCAGCCUGUCUUGGAAUCUAGAAGGAGUGAGCAGUCUGCACAUCCUGCAGGGUCCGACAACAAGCGAAUGUCGGUGACUUUGGAAAGAACGAGUGUAGUGUCCUCUCUCCAUUCAAGAGAAGUCCACCCCAGCUCCCGUUCCCGGGCUCAGUCUCUACUGCGACCAGCUUGGUUCCGCAGGAAAUCGUUGGCUGGACGGUCAAAAGCUCGUCCACCAACUGUCACUCCCACUUCAAUCACUAGCCAUUUCGCCCACUUCCUGGAGCGCUCUUCACACAUGAAACCUCACUCUCUAUCUCAGUACAUUGACCGACCGUGGUCUGACGUCUGUCGGGGCUCGCAAUGUGGUCCAGGCCUGGCCAAGUACCGCUCUGCUGUCUGGGAGCUGUUCCAGUCUGAGACUAAGUACCUCUGCAACCAGCUUCAGCCUCUUGAACAAGUGUACAAGGCAUUUUUGGAAGAGCUGCAGUUUCAUCGUUUUCUUGUAGUAGCUGAUGUGCAGAAGAUAUUUGCUAACCUCAGUGAGCUAGUGGAGCUGAGCAUAACAAUCGCUUCAGAUUUGUUCAAAUUGUUUAACGGUCGGCAUGGGAAUAGGAUAGCUCCAACCAAUGAGCUCAUCCUUGCCUUCAGCAUGUUUGGACACAAGUGGAACCCAGUGUACCAGAGGUUCUGCGUCAACAAGGAACAACAGAGAGGCUUUGUGAAGGCACUACAGCAACUCCCAGACUUCCAGGAGUACAUUGUGGUGUGCAGGGGACAUGCAAUGGUGCAGAGAAGUGACCUCACUGACUUUCUCAUAGCUCCAAUGCAGCACCAGUGUCAUUACCAGCUCUUGCUAGAGAAUGUGCUGAAGGCCACCUCGGAGCCCUCAGAGAAGUCCCUCCUCACCUCUGCCAUCAAAGCCUUUGUUGUGGCUCUCAAGGAGCUGCAGGCCAACAUUACAGCACAGCAGCGAUCCGAAGAGCUUCUGGAGCUCCAGGAGACGCUGUCCUGGCCCAGCCUGGCCUCCUUGUGCCCUGACAGCUACAUUCCAGAGGGGCUGUCUCUGGAGCUGCAGCCGUGCAGAGUCCAGUUGGCCACACCCACAAGACAGCCUCUCCACUGUGGAGUGCUGCGACUCAUUGAUAGUCGCGGUCGCCAGGGAAACGAGGUCCAACUGUUCCUCUUCACAGACCUAGUUCUGGUGACAGAGCCUCGUAGCAGGAGCACUCGCAUCAGGAGAGAGCUAGUUCAGUAUACUGUCAGUGGACAACCACUCUUCCUGGACUGGCUGGAUGUGCAUGCUCCCUCCUCCCCCAAACACUGUUUCACUCUAGUCCAGAGAAACCGACUCCAGCAACUGGUGACUGUCCACACACUGAGAGCUCUAUCACUGGAAGAGAGGGUAACAUGGGAGGGUCCGGGGCUCUUCAUUACUCCGGAGUCCAUUCUACUCCGUCCUGGUGGGCAAGUGGAGGUACUGGACGGUAUUUACGAUGAUAAACAGUCCCAGUUCGUGGCUCCAGAGUCGAGGUUCGGCUCGGAACUGGACAAAGAGAAGGUGUACGUCUAUUCGCUGGGAGCGAGUGUGAGUGCAGCAGUAGAUGGCACGGAGACCAGCUCCCUACAUCACCUACUGGGGGCGAUGGUUGCCAAAGAGCCUGCAACCAGACCUUCCCUGCAGGAGGUGCUGACUUCUUGUGCUCACUUGGCUCCUGAUGAAGCCCUGGAUGAAGUCAAAGAGCUUGUCUCACUUGUUCUUGGCAGAUCUGAAUAUACAUCAUCUGAGGAUGAAACUGAUGUUAGCGAGGAGAAUUUGGACCAUGAGCUAACCUUGGCACUCCAGAUGAUCUCCACCAGCCAGAGAGGAAGCGUCUCUAGUCUCACUAAAGGGUCCACGCAAUUUCUGAAACGGAGACCUAGUUCACGAAGUGUUGGAGCUAUUAGUCUUGCACGAUUAUCAAUCUCUUCAGUACCUCCCACAUACCACCUGAGUUUGCAGGAGGGACUCAACACUUCUAGUCCACAUGUCUUGCACCGAGCAGUGUCUCUUAACCUACGUUCACAAGACAUCCAACUGCUUGCCUGCAAGACAAAUAGGCAUCUACCACCAGCUCCAGCUCAGUCUGGUCCUCUGGUACCAGCUUUCACUGAUGUUCAAAGGACAGCUGAAGUCAACGAUGGAACAAGACGAGCCCCAGAAAGUCCCCGUCGAUCUCCUCACCCAUCCCUACCUCGUUCCCCUCCACCCUCUUCUCCAUCUCUUGAGGCCUCCCCACCUCCCAGUCCCCCAGCUUCUCCUCCUCCUGACAUCAGACAUGACUUGGUUUACCCAGAGAAUGCCCCUUAUCCACCUUCCAAUGCAUUUCAGGUCAACUCCUUACUGGACGACUUCCCUCCCCUUCCACCUCCUCACCCACUCUCAUCAUCUCCGGUCCUAGAGUCUCAUGAUGAUACUCAGCCUUCUCUAGCCAGCACUGUGAAUACACUUGAAAAGAUUGAUUCACUCUUGCUAGAUAAGCCUCAAGUGACUGGGAACACAUCAAGAAGCAAGGGAGAAGAAAGCCACCUCUCUGUGGCCUCUUUUGACUAUAGCGACUUGGAAAAUUCUCACCUUAACCGCAACUCCAGUGCCAACUCUUCCGGAGAUGAGUUUGAGUUUCCACGUCCUCUACCUCCUCUCCCAACAGAGUCAGAAGAGGCCAAGGCUUAUGACACCAACACAGCUGUCGAUGAGGCUCUGCAUCUUAUGGAUGGAAGGAACUGGGAUGCUACUAAUAGUGGAGAGUCUCAGAACGAGGAGGAUGAGGUGAAAGCUCUCUAUGCCACUGUUGACAAGAGCAAGAAAACCAGCAGGCAAAUACGAAGAAAGAGCCGGCCAGAACAAAGUGAUGAUACAGGCAGUUUCUUGGCUCCAGUUGAACCAGAACGGGCAAGUCCUAGUCCUGAAGUGGUUGAACAACCGUUACUGUUUUCACCAGACCCCACCGACUACCGACCAGCCAGUGGUGUGUAUGAAGAGGUUGAGGCUCACAGUGUGCAGGUACCUUGCGUGGACAGCAGAGGGUACACAGAGGUGGGGAAGAGCACAGGGUUUACUCCAGUUCUGGAGGUGGGCUUCAGUGGCACCGGCUCUAUCAACAAGCUGCGGAAUGUGCUGGGACCAGAGUUCAGCAGCAUGACUGGAGGGAAGGUGGGAGAGACGUCAGUUCCUAUGCCCCAUGGUCGCAGGGCUGUGCAAGUAGUGUUGCUGAAUGGAAAGGCUGUGGAAUUUGCGGUGGACGUGUCUGCCACGACCAGCCAGCUUUUCGGGCAGGUGGUUUCCUCACAGAGCCUUCAGGACUCUCAUUUCUUUGGCCUGGCAGUGCGCAUUGACCGAGACGAAGUCUUUCUGGACAUGGAGAGCAAGCUUGUAAAAUACGCUCCUAAAGACUGGGUCACCAGCCAUGCACCCUUAACUGUGUUCUUCAGAGUUAAGUACUAUGUGGAGAAUGUGAGUCAGCUGGCACCGCCUCUCACACGCCAUCUCUACUACUUACAGCUCCGCAAGGAUACAAUGGAAGGGAGAAUGUUCUGUCACGAAGACCACAUAUUGCGGCUGGCAGCUCUGGCAAUCCAGGCAGAAAGAGGCAAUACUACUAGUCUGGGCCGGAUUGAGGACUAUGUCCCUGCUCAAGUGUUGGAGAAGCUUGGGAGGGAAUCUGUGGAAAAUCUUCUGUCCGUAAUGCACAGAGAGAGGUUUGGUCUGAGUCGAAUGGAGGCAGAACUGGAAUUUCUGAAGGAAGCACAGAAGCUGCCAGAGUAUGGCAUGCUCUUCUACAGAGUGGCCAAGGCUAAGCAUGAGGAACCAGGAUCUGUGUGGCUUGGUUUCUGUGUCAGAGGUAUCGUGGUAUUUGAUGUCCACAAAGAUAUCAAAACAGCCAUCCAUCAUUGCGCCUGGCGCAAAACCAACAACAUUUGCUAUGCUCACCGUAAAUUCGUGAUUGAGCUUCAGGACAAGCCAGAGCCACUAGUAUUUUUUGCAAGUACGUAUAAGAGAGCUCGCUACCUGCUGGAGCUGUCUAAGGCAUGCCACAAAUUCCACCUUGUUUGGGCCAAGAAGUCACACGAACAAUCUGGAGAAAGGGUCUCGUUCUCUCCAGUAACCAAGUCAGUCCCCAACUUGGACCAAAGUGUAGCUACCAAUGCCGUUGUGGAGUAUCCCUCUCUGUCCCGCCCAUCUUCAGUGGUCGACAAUGUCAGACCCUCAACACCCCCACCCCCACACCUUCAUCCAGUGAGGAUUGUCCUGAACAGACAGAGAGCCGACAACUUUGGGUUUAGCCUUGCAGGAAGCACCCAUUCGAAUAAUGUGUAUGUGGCGAAAGUGGUAACUGGUAGUGUAUGUGACGGACAAUUGCUUGUGGGAGACAAAGUAACAGCCAUCAAUGAUACAGCAGUUGAGAGCUACAGACAAACUCUUGCUAUUCUAAAAGACUGUGGGCCACACGUUGCCAUUGAUGUUCAGAGAAGAGGCACAAGAGACCUUGUGUUGCCCACAGGUGAAAGUGUGAAUGUACAAGUGUGUAAAGAGGAGGGUGUUCUGGGUGUUCGUAUUGCUGGAGGCAGUGACAAGCCGUAUGGGAGAGGACUGGUCCGGAUCAAGCAAGUUACUGCUGAUACAGCAGGGUCAAGGAGUGGUGCCCUGCUGGAAGGAGACAUCAUUUUACAGGUCAACUCAGUGAGUCUUCAAGGGAUGACCCACCAACAAGCUGCAGAUGUUAUUGUGAAAGCAGGUGAUAAUGUGUUCCUCCAGAUCCAUCGACCAUUUGAUCCCAACUGGUGGAGAGCUAGCCCAACAAACUCCCGGGCUUCACCUGUCCGGUCUACUUGCCACUCCCCUCCAUCUCCAACUCAACACACACCCUCUCCACCUCCCCCUUUCCCUACACUCUCACCCCCCAUGUCUCAAUCUUCUCCGCCUCCCCCUCUUCCCACACUUCCACCUCCCCCUCUCACAGAGGAUUCAUUUGAAGCAGAGAGCUUUUUCCAGCAUAGCAGCUCAGAGCCUGACCUGCUGGCAGGAAUGGAGGAAGAGGAGAUGCCAGUGACCGAGUCGUCCUAUCAGUCAAACCCAGAGCCACAGUCAAGUGAACCUGGUGGAGAUGUUACAUUUGAUGUCACACUCAGAAAAGGACAUCGGGGCUUUGGAUUCAGACUCGACAAAUAUAAAUCUGGGAAAGAGGGCUGUGGAGUGUUUAUCCUUGCCAUUGAUGACAACCCUGCAAAGGCUAAUGGGAGACUGGAGGCUGGAGAUGAGAUCAUUAGUGUCAAUGGAGCCAGUCUUGUUGGCCACACCCACCACCAGUGCCUGCAGGUCUUAAGAGCUGUGACCGCCACAGGAACUCUCACCAUUCAUCGCAGAGAGUCACACACUCCCCACAUCACAAACAUGCAACCACCGCCACCUAAUGAAACAGUGGGUUUGGAUUGUUCUUCUGCUCCACCGCCCCCCUCUACCUCACCUCCACUCACCGAUGAACAUGACUAGCAAUAGCAAACUAAGCCAUUAACAACUAGAGCUCUGGAGAGCACAAUUUGUAUUAUUGCACACACAUUGAUUGAUACGCAUGGCCAAAUGACCCAACAUUUGUGGCUGGGUGUCUAGCUGUCACAUUCAGAGUCAUUGAUUCCCAUUGAUGCCAGUUUUUUUACUGUUCAAUGAGCCGGUCAUUGGCGAUUUUCAGUGUGGACGACGAUGGACAUGCAGACGGAAACCCUUGUGUGCAUGCGCGUGCGGGGUAAUAAGAAUAGCUACAGUUUAACCAUGUCUAACACAGAGUCCCUUGGUUGAGCCAUGUGCUCUGGGAAAUAAGAUGACAGUUGGGCAAACAGUUUGUGUCUGCUGGCCUGGUCUAGAGAGAGAGGCCACUCAGCACAAUAGUAAUAUAGUGCAGUAAACAACCCUCACCAUUCAUGAAUGUGGUAGCAGAGGAGAACAGACUGGAUGCCAGUUCACGGAACUACAUACAAGUCAAAAAGCCAUCCCAUAAAUUAUAUGCCACUAAUGCCUAAAUAGCACUAAACCUCAGCACUUUCAUCUUCAUCGUUGUGGUUGACUAGUGUUGAGAGGGAGGACUGCACAAUCAAUCAGAAUGACAGACACAGAGCAGAGGACACAAAACCCUUUGACACAAACCUGUAGGUGGGCGAGGGCCUGUACCUGAUCAGACUGGGCCAGCUCAUGGAACCUACAGGCAAGAGCACAGAAUUUUACUGUAGGAUCAACUUGGUCUGACUUACUUCUGUCGUCUGAUGGCAACUUUACACUUUCUUACCAACUGACUUCUUGUCUGGUGAACUAGCUGCAUAUAAAAUGACUCAAACACCUACGUACGUGUAUAUUACGCUUCCACUGAAUACCUUUAACUUCCAAAAGUCGUCUAGCCGCAUACUGGCCUGUGGACUGGGUGGGACCUCGUUGCCAAGGUUGCCACCAAACAUGUAGUGGGACUGGGUGGAGGGGUCAAAGACCAGCUGGUGAGCGUAGCGAGGGGCAGGGAGGGCAGCUGCGGCGGGACACCAGUCCCUCUGGUCCCCAGACAACACGCAUGU